AUGAGUUCCCUCCACGUUCUUCUGGUUGCAGUAGCCGUUCUUGGCCACCUCAGCUCCGGUGCAGACAAAGAAAUUGACGAAUAUCCAAGGUUGAAUCUUGUCGAAGAGCGAAGAGUUAUUGAUUUCUUCCAUUUACAAGUUCGCCGAAAUGCUGCUCUCGGCAAGAAAUACAAGGGAGCAAAACUUGGCAUGGGAGGACAGCUGUAUGCGCUGAAGUAUGAUCCCAAAAUGGAACUGGAAGCUUUCAGUUUUGCCAAAUACCAGCAAACGCCAAAAGAAGGACGUGGGAUAAUCUCGUUCGAAGGAGAUUAUCCAGGGGAUCUUAUGAUGGUACUGGAUACGUUCCUGAAGAACCAGACAGCUGUACAGCAGAUGAUUUACCCGUUUGCAACACGAUACGGAUGCUGGAUGAGACUUUUGAAUAAAGUGAAACCCUAUCAAGCAAAGUUCUAUUGUGUUUAUGAUAGAAAGCCAAUGGCAUGUGAGAAAGACAGCGAUUGUAUCUACCAACCUGCAGAAUCCAUCUUAUUACUUGCAUUGUGGGGAUUACUGAGAUAUAUUGGUGCAGUAUCGUCAUGGUUGCUCUCAACAAUUUUUCGAUGUCCUUUGGAAGUCGGAGGUGUCGGAUGGUGUAAAUUAAGUGAUAUACGUCUACAUUUGCCUAGUGGACUUCUCGUUCACGUUGAUAUUUGCCAGAUACACCUUUUUUCAUCGCUUGUUAGUAAGCCGUUACUGUUAUCGCUUGGCGAUGUGAGAAUAGAAGGCGAUGCUCAUUCACUGGCUCAGGCUUCAUGUACCACAGGCAGAAGGUCGACCAAUGCAUCCCUUACUAAACGGUCAAUCUUUUCAACAGUGGCCCAAAUGGUUCAGUACUGCGCAAUGUAUAUUAAUCGGGGACACCUCGUUCUACUCGAUGCACUUCCUGGAUGUAUGAUCCAUGUCACUGUGGAUGAAUUGCUAGUGGAAGCCUUUCGUAGUCGUGAUGGUUGGCAGUUAGAAGUAUCGUGUCGAUUAGCACGUGGCAAAGCAAUGCUUCGUAAAGUAACCACAGGACAUUCAUUGCUGGACGUUGCUCUUCAGUUCCGUCUUUCAUUGGAUGUAGCAAAUGGGCGGUUACGUGAUGUAUCAUUGUCAACAGAUCGUCUAUCUACCUCUUCUUUUAUGAACGACUUGUCAGAUCUGAGCAUUGUAAUUAACAAUUGCGUGAUAAACUACAAUGGAACUGUCGCAGAAGAAAGUCGAACAAUGACCCUUUCCCUUCGUGCUUUAUCUGUGUCGAAGGAUGGUGGGAAAAUGAAGGCGCGCAUUGUUGAUUUUAUGACUGAAGAUCAAACACAGCGCUUAACUCUGCGAAGUAGUCUUCUUGUACUUUCUCAGGAGAUUAACAAAACAGGAAUUUCCAUACAGCUAUCUUCGGAUAGUGUGCUAACAAGACUUUCUGUUCAAGAUGUUGUUUGGUGGAACAACCAUGUAGAGGAAUGUUUGACAUCUGUUAUUGGAAAAACAAUGGUGUCAUCGAAGUCAGCACCUCAGCAUAGCUUACCUUUGCAUUUUGCGGUCGAACUCGCUUCGAUCUCAUGUGAUCUCGUCGAUGUGGAUUCCUUCCAGUCAGCUCUUUCCGUGCAGUUCUUCAGUGUCAUAAAGACGGAAGACGUUCUGGAAGUUGGCGUUGAUUGCUUCUGCAUAUCUGCACCCAAUGUGAACGUUACCAAUGCGACAUUUGAAAACCAUCAGUGGGGUCAUUCUGUUUAUAUAGGUGCAGCUCUAGUGCAAUACUGCCUGAGUGGAGCUGGUAGAGGUUUACUCAUAGGAAUAGAUGAUUGCAAAAUUGAGUGGAGCGAUAAACUGGCGGAACAGGUGAAACAACUAACAAGUGUCUUAUCCGCAUGUGAUUCAACAAAUCGGGAUGUCACCCACGUGAGAAAAGCGGUAAACCUCCGAUUACAUAUGAAAAGAGCCGCUGUGAUUUCUGUAGCAAAAGAUUCGUUUUAUCUGACAUUACUAUUUGAUGAAGUAAAAGCUGAAAGUGCUGGGUCGCGUAAUUUUGCCGUGACUUCUCAUUAUGCUCGAAUCGUGUUCGGUCCCGUUCAAGGAACGCAUUUGGAUCUGCACGUUAUUCGUAAUACUGUGAAGUUCGUUCCGCCUCCAGACCGUGGGUCGGACGCUCCAUGGCGGUGCUGGAACCAGUUUUUAAACGACGCUCGCAAAAACCGUCGAGCUGCUGCUUUGGAUGAACAAAGAAAGAACAAUCCUCAGUUGUGUUUCGAAACGAACGUGCUGUGUUUCACCAGCGAGGAAACUUCCUCUAAUAGAGAUUUUACAUGCUCAUCCAACUCACCGAUUUACAUAGUUUGGUCUCCGUUGCUGCAUCGUGUGCUUCACCAUAUGAAAGAAGUAAUAGUGAGCACAUUUUUAUCUUCCAAUGAAGUUACCAAGACGUCAAAGAAGGUCAAACAAAUCCAGUAUAGAUUGUUGACAAAUCACGCUGUUGAACUUGUUUUGGAGUUGCCUCGCCAUCACAGAAUGACAUGGCGGAUCCCUUCACUAACAUUCGACUCUUCACCAGUUAGUCUUUCCGCUAUUUCACCGCAACUUGUCGUGAAUAUGAAUGGAUUGGAUAUAAUCACUGCAAUAGAUGUGUGCAUUACACGACGCAUGUCGGAUGUGCAAAUGAUUGGAUAUCGGCGAGGUUUCAAAGAAUUUGAAAUCGAAUCGAAUAAGGUAUGGACGUGGGCUGCUGCAUCGUUCCUAUUCUACUUACCUCAUGAAUUCAAUUUCGCUCAAGUUUUUGAUGAAUUCGUGAACUCUAUGAAAUGGAUAAAAUUGGUGCAUGAUUUGAAAAAAGAUCCAUUUCCUCCUGAUGCACCGCUUCCGGCGGACAUUCGCAUUAUUUUAAAGGAAGCUAGACUUGAACUAGAAGAUGAUCCGUUCGAAAACUUGUUGCAGAUGAGUCACGAGCUUAAAGAAGACGAGGUCUACGAAUGCGAACGCCGCAGACAAAUGCUGGCCGAGCGUCUUCUAGCCUUGAAAAAAUCCAAUCCUUUGAUGCCACAAGCCAGAGUAGACGAGCUCUUUGCAUUACUUCUGGAGAAGAACAGUGCAAUCUAUGUAGAACGCUGGAAUAAAGCAGACAACGUCAAGAGACCCCUGUUCGUCUCUAAAUGGGUGGACUUUGAAUUGCGAGCAUUUGCAGAUCCGUAUUUUCAUGGAAGCGAUAAAUGUGUCCGACUAAUUCGAGAGUAUGACCCUCUAAGUUCUUAUCCGCCUGGAGGUCUUGGUUUUUCUACGCUUUGGGGCCGAGGAAUGGAGUUUGACUCCGGAGAAUGGGCAAUAAAUUUUAAAGACUAUCCUACAUCGUAUCUGUUAACCAAAGAUUUGCACUUCUUCGGAAUUGUUGUCGGAGCGGAAGAGUUCGAGGAAGGUGGUCGUUCGUUGAGGGAAUGCGACGUUCCUUUGCCAGAUCCGUGGGAGUCGCAUAAAAUAGAACGUAACAUGUCACCGCUGAAGUUUUACUAUGACAUGCAGUGUGAAAGCGCUGAAUUCUCUGCAACGUACGGUCCAUGCUGGGAACCGUGUCUCUCUAUGAUCAGUCUGGUAUGGAACAAUAUCAGUGCGCCGUCGCGUGAUCCAUCAGUCCCGUUGCCUUUCUGGGACAAAAUGCGCUUCCUGAUGCACGGACGUUUCUCGUGGUUGAGCUCUAAGGUGGUAACAACAAUGCUUGCAUCGCCGGAUCCUUACAACACCACGGAAACAGUAGAGAUGUGCUGGGAUGAAUUCGGCCUCGACUGGAUGUUAGGCGAAAUUCGUAUACGAUCUGGUCUACGAGUAUUUAUGCGCACGGCAUCACGAUACGAUGACUCUCGCAUCCUAUUCUUGCCUGAUUUAAAACUUCGAGUUGAAUUAGACUGGAUAUGCAGUGGAGAUCCACAUGAUCAUCAUUCGGUGACGUUAUGCUCUCCAGACCGUCUUCCACAUUAUUCUACCGAUCAUGAUUCGUACCGCGCAUUUCGUUCCUCAUCGCUCGACCUUUCAUUGUCGUUCGACGUCGCCGCCGCUGCUGACAGUGGCGAAACCGGUGAUCGCUUGCCGCAUGUUCUCCUAUAUGCAAACACUUUUCGUUGUUUUGAGUUCUUUCUUAACACUCUCACUAUGAAGAAUCGAAAUGUUCGAAAAGGUUGCCUGUUCGGGACGUCCUCCUUUCCGAAACCACAGCUUGGAAAGCAUUUCCGGAAUGUGAAUGUAUCUUUGAAUUUCCCAAAGUUUUACAUCGCUUAUUGGAUGUCACAUUCAUCCGACUACGGUUUUCGCGUCGUAUCAGAUGGUUUGAAUCUUCUUGCUUCCAUGAAGUUGAAAUCAGAAGCUGGAGGCGAGCAGGGUAUCACUCGUCGCAAGACUUAUGUAUGGACUGCAGAACACAUAUCAGCUACGUUGUGGGGAACAAAGGUGGCGGAUAGGGGGCUAACCGCGGACCAAAAGCGACCUUGUGCUUGCCCAGAGACGCAGGUGGAUUCAGGGGAUGGACUCCCUGCUUCUGCUGUGCCAGGACUGACUCGUAAAAUCAUUGUAUCCCGCACGUCGGUCCGGCCAAAAGCCUGCAAUCAAUUGACUGGGAGGUGCAAGGGAGGCGGUUUGGAGUCGCCUCCAACAAAUAAGCUCCACAUGUCCACUCUGGGAGAACGGAAGUUCUCCCAAAAACCCAUGGGACUAGAGGCUUGCAACCUGCCCGUGGGUUUUAAAUUUCAUGCAAAAAACAGUAAUAGAAAAGAGUCUCCUGACUCCGGUAGAAAGCCUGGUACGGUAGCGCCAGGUAGGACGGGGUUGCAGGAGUCAUGUAGGCUACCGAAACGGAAAAGGACUAGGAUGACGAUCUGUACUUAUAACGCACGCACGCUUGCAUCGGAAGCGGCCAUCGAAGAUCUGAUGGUGCAAGCCAAGAAGAUCAAGUACGACGUCAUCGGACUGACCGAGACGAGACGACGUCACUCUCUCAACGCUGUAUUUGAAACUGGAGAAGAACUGUUCUUAGGAACAUGCGACAGUAGAGGUGUUGGUGGAGUUGGCGUCCUCGUCAACACGAGUAUGGCACAGAACAUCGACUCUUUCGAACAACUCACGACCCGAAUCGGACGUCUGCGGAUGAGAAGAUGUGGUCCCACACCGGCUUUGACUAUCUUCGUCGCUUACGCUCCAACAUCAAGCUACGAAGAAGAAGAAGUCGAAGCUUUCUAUAUGGACCUGGAGAAGUUCUACCGAGAAGAUCAUGCCUUUUACAAGGUCAUAAUUGGCGACUUCAACGCCAAAGUUGGCCCAAGAAGAACGCCGGAGGAACUUCACAUCGGGACCCACGGCCUACAAUGGAAUGACCAGGGGGAGAGGCUUUCCGAGUUCAUCAUGACGACUAAGACCAUCCAUGGGAACUCGCAAUUCCAGAAGCCCUCCUCUCUACGCUGGACGUGGGAGUCACCCGGUGGAGGGUACCGUAAUGAGAUAGACCACAUCAUCGUCAAUAAAAGGUUCUGCCUGACGGAUGUCGCUGUUGUACCAAAGUUCUAUACGGGAUCGGACCAUCGCCUCCUCCGAGGAAGAUUUUCUUUCACGCGGAGAGCAGAGAAAGCCGCCAAGUUCAGCAAGAGAAAUCCCAGAACUACCAUCAACUGGGAUCUCUUCGCUACGUUAGCCGGCUUUUGGGAAGAUUCCGCAAUGGACAACAUCGACGAGGAAUACGACCGGCUUGUCAAACACCUUCAUGACUGCGCGAAGAAGGCUGAGAGUAUUAAAACAACCAAGAGACGCCUGUCUCUUGAAACUCUUGAGCUGAUACGCCAGCGUGGAGCAGCACGAGCCGCAGGGAACCAAGAGCUUACGUCCGAGCUCGCAAGGCUUUGCAGAGAGGCGAUAAAGAAAGACCUUAAAGAGAGAAGAGCAGAAGUGCUGGCUGAAGCAGCAGAGGCGGGAAAAAGCAUCCGCUAUGCCCGCCGAGACUUCGCCAGUCGCAAGACAAGGAUGACAGCUCUCCGGAACCCGAAGGGAACAACCAUUGCAUCGAGAAGGGGAAUGGAGAAAAUCAUCUACGACUUCUACUCUGAUCUCUUCGACAGCCGUGCCCACUUGCCUCCUCACCAUCUGAGGGAAGAUGGACAUGUCAUUCCAGCGGUUCUCCCGUCCGAAAUACGACAUGCUAUCAUGUCGGUGAGAAAUCGUACAGCAGCCGGUCCCGACAGAAUAAAACCAGAACACCUGAAGAACCUUCCGCCAGUACUCAUCAACACCCUGGCGAGGAUCUUCACACGUUACCUGUCGGAAUGCAAGGUCCCUAAACAGUGGAAGACCAGCAAGACCGUGUUGCUGUAUAAAAAGGGAGAUCCACAUGACAUCGGCAACUAUCGCCCAAUCUGCUUACUGUCCGUCAUCUACAAGCUCUUCACAAGAGUGAUCCUUAAUAGGAUUGAAAAGGUCUUGGAUGAAGGACAACCAUGCGAGCAAGCAGGGUUUCGAAAAGGAUUCAGCACGAUCGACCAUAUUCACACUGUUUCGAGACUCAUCGAGGUAUCACGAGAGUACAAGAUGCCGCUCUGUCUCACUUUCAUCGACUUGAAGAAGGCCUUUGACUCAGUUGAGACGGAAGCGGUCGUGGAAGCCUUGGACAACCAAGGCGUUCCCACUCAGUACAUAAAGGUGCUUCGAGAGUUGUACAGUAACUUCACGACCGGAAUCUCGCCAUUCUACAAGAAUAUCAUCAUUGACGUGAAGAGGGGGGUUCGACAGGGUGAUACAAUCUCACCCAAAAUAUUCACAGCCACCCUCGAGAACGCAAUGCGAAAGUUGGAAUGGGACGACAUGGGAGUGAAGAUCGAUGGUCGGCAGCUACACCAUUUGCGCUUUGCUGAUGACAUCGUACUGAUAACACCUAGCAUCAGCCAAGCGGAACGAAUGCUGACCGAAUUCGCCGAAACAUGUGGAUGCAUCGGUCUUGAGCUGAAUCUUCAAAAGACGAUGUUCAUGCGGAACGGAUGGAUCUCGGAUGCCCCAUUCACGCUCAACGGAACGAACAUAUCCGAAUGCACCAGCUACGUCUAUCUGGGUCGGGAAUUGAACAUGAUGAACGACCUGGCCCCCGAGCUGGGCAGGAGGAGAAGAGCGGCUUGGGGAGCGUACAAGAGCAUCGAGGACGUAGUGAAGAAGACCAAGAACACCCGGCUCCGUGCUCACCUCUUCAACACCACCGUACUUCCUGCUUUGACCUAUGCCUCAGAAACCUGGGCACUUCGCAAGCAGGAAGAAAACGCGGUGAGCGUCAUUGAACGCGCAAUUGAGAGAGUGAUGCUAGGAGUAUCCCGUUUCAAGCAAGUGAGAGACGGGAUUCGAAGUUCUCUCCUACGUCAGCGAUCGAAGAUCAGAGACGCCGCCGCGUUUGCCAAGGAAAGUAAAAUAAGGUGGGCCGGACACGUGAUGCGCUUUAACGACAACCGUUGGACCAGAGCCGUGAGCGACUGGAUUCCCCGCGAUAUUAAGCGCAAUACAGGAAGACCGCCGACCCGAUGGUCAGAUUUCUUCACGAAGUCCUUCAAAGAAAAUUACGAUGCUCUUCGUGUCCCACGCGAAAGGAGGAACCACUGGGCUACUCUGGCACGCGACCGGGACAAAUGGAAGAAUUACUGGCGCCCGCUCGACCGGUUCGAAGACCAACGGGAGUCAAGCCAUGGUCAUGCGCCAUCUAUGGAAGGUCUUUCAAAUGACGAAGAUACAUUCCUACUCGGUGUAAGUCGAGUUUCAUAUGUAAGAGAAAACAAUCAAGGGCGUGAGUCAAGUCAACAUCGACUAGCAGUUCAUGAUCUAAAGGGAUCUUGGACAGCACAAAAUCGUGACGCCUGUAUCAAUAUUGCGGACGGAGUACACAGAGCACAUCUACUGCGUCGAAUUCUUAGCAAUGAUGCACUCAAGAUCUUAAAGCUACAUUUGGAAGAAGAAGACCAACCCACAAAUACACCUGUGACCACCCAAGAACAAAGUACUGAUGUACACGGUCACCGUCGAGGUUACAGUAUGUCAGAUCAGAAUCAAUCUUUACUUACGCAACUAAUUGGAGAGGUUAGCACGAAGCUCGUUGCGCACUGCGAACAGACUGCUGACCUUCCUACAAACUCACUGCUGGGAGCGAUUCAAUGCUCUUCGGAUGAUGUCCGUCUUAUUAAUUGGCAAAUUGAUCUGUUCAACAGUCAAGUCGUGCUGAAAGGUUGUGAGAAAAAAGGAUUCAUUUUGAUCACUGCUGCACGUGCUAGUGUUACACAGAAGGUACACCGUUGUGUAUGGCGAAAUGGACAGUUGCUAGGCAAGAAAUCCUGGUCGGCAAUAAUUUCGGGAAUGCAAUACUUCGCUCCAAUCUCUAAUCCAGACCAACAGGCUGUUGAACCAUUUAGAUGGCUCACAAGAGAGGUGAUUGAAGAGAAAGCUGCAACUGCUGCAGUUGGAGACCCUUACCUACAUCCAUACAUUGGUGCUGGUGAUGCGGUUGGUGGAGUAGUAAAAGCUAAUGAAACAUCCGAAGAUCUUCAAUUGCAACGAAUUGUCUCAAGAUGCAGCUGUGAAAUAUAUUUUUGUUACUUUUCGGAAGAGCUUAAGACUGAUGCGAUCGAGGAAACAGGAGUUCCGAAGGUUGAACAAGAUCGUGCUAUUGGUGGAGAAGAAAUCGGAGUCGAUUGUGUUACAUUAAAACAUAAUAUGCUGGAAGCAACGAGUAACUCAGAGCAGUACGAAAUGGUGGUCGAUAUUGUGAACAAUCUGGUAUUGUUUGUGGAUCCAAAAAAGAAAGAACUUGCAGAUCGAAGGAGAAAGUUACGAUUCGCUUGUCAGAUGAUCGAUAUGAAAGAAAUGAGAGAGCGGAUUGUUGAACAGCAGUGCGAGCUUCGUGAAAUAGUCUCUGUCGUUCGAUCUUUGGAGAGACAAUUAUUCUAUCUUGAUACUCAAUCAAACGGAGAUGUCGACGAGCAGAAACGCCGCGAUAUUGUCGAAGAGAUGGAGGACAUCAAAACGAAACAACUGGAAGUGUCUGACAAAUUAGCUAUCUAUAUCAGUUGUUAUAAACAGAGACAGGUGGAUGCAACUCGUGCCACAGUUUUUGACAGAACAGCAGAGGAUGAUACUGUAGCAGCUCUAGUUUGCUUCGAAGAUUGCAUAUGGAAGUUGACUGAAAGUGAUGGGCAAAUUUCCAUAGCACAACUACAAAUAAGGAAUUUUUUGUACACACGGACAAUGCGUCUCGACAAUUCCGGUGAACAUUUGUUUGAAGUGGGAUCUAUUCGCGUGACAAAUCUUCUUCCUGAUACGAUUUAUCGAGACACUCUGCAUAGAGACGAGCGUGUUCAAUCUCAUCAGCCAGCCAUUCGAUUAACUGUGCGUGAUAUGGCCCCAGUUGGAGGCAUAUGCGUAAAGGAGUUGUUCGAAGUGAACAUCGCUCCGAUGGUUGCUCAAUUGACGUAUCGAUUCUUCGAGAAAAUGAUGCUCUUCUUCUUUCCUGGUCGGAAUAUACACAAGGAAGAUAAUUUAGAUGCAGUUGAAGAAAACACUUCUAGAUUCUCUUUCACUCGGCGCUUUGCUGGAACGUUGAGUAUGCGAAGUAACAAAUCCGGACAGAUUGAGAGAAAAUCAAGUAACUCAAGUGGAAAGAACGCCUCAGGCAAACAGUCCUCGGACAUUGAGCUCACUGAUAUCGACAAAAUGAGAGAACGGGCUGAUAACAACAACUUUUUCCUUUAUAUCAAAAUUCCAGAGGUUCCUUUCGUCGUUUCAUACAAGGGUAACAAGGAGAAAAAUAUUGAAGAUGUGGAUCGCUUCAGCUUCCUAUUUCCUUUAUGCGAAUUCCACGAACGGAACUGGACUUGGUUAGAUGUAGCAUUAGCAGUAAAACAAAGAUGUAAACGGGUACUUCUACAGCAAUUUAUGCGACAAAAAUUGCUGAGGAAUCGUCUCACAGGCGGGCCAGAGACAGUUGAAGGAUUCAACGAAGAGGACAAAAAGAGAAUUGUACUUGGAUCGACGUCCACAACUGAGAAGAAAAAGAAACGGUGA